AUGAGGGCAGGUGGUGUGGGAGUGUGGAAAUUUAUUGUUGCACUUUUGAGCAGAAACUUUUCCAUGGAAGGUUUUCCAGAACCCGCGAGAAUCAACCACGUGAUGAAGACAACAGAUUCGGAGUGCGGAAAGUGCAAAAUCGGCACCAAGCGGCUAAAUCUAAACAAGUUCUGCAAAAGAGAUUACGUAAUCAUGGCGAAAGUAAUAGCGAGGGACACGAACACCGCCAGCGAAAGCACAAAAAGCAACACAAACACAAACAACCCGUACGGCAGCAGCAGCAGCAACAACAACAACAACAACAACAGCAUCAGAAAAAGCAACAGCAACAGCAACAACAACAACGAGGUGGCAAAGUUCACACUAAGCAUCCAAAAGGUGUUCAAAAGGAGCCCCAACCAAAGCAGCCCCCUGGCGGUGGCCCUGAGAAGAUCGUCGCAACAGCACGUGGCACUGGUCGUCGGGGUUCGGGAUCUCGAAUGUCGGUGCCCAAAGGUCAAAGUCAAUAGGUCAUAUCUGAUCCUCGGUCGCGACACGGAGGGACCACCGGGAGCGCUCGGAAUCGGGCCCAGAUCGAUCGUCAUCGAAUGGCGUGACGAAUGGCAUCGACGGUUGAGGAAAUUUCAACGACAGGCAGCGGAAACCUGUCAGUAACGACCAGAUCAUCAACAACAACAACAACAAACAUCAACGAGAGUAACGAGAGAUUAAUUUAUUUGGAAUGGACCAGUGAGCAACAGCAGAAAAAAUCGCCAUAGGUUAAGGUUUCGAAUCUAAAAUGCUCCAUGGGAUCUUCGCAAUCUUCGAGAGAGAUCCCAAAACAAUAGUCGAUUAAGAUAGGGCUUCGGUUAAAAAGCGAAAUUGGUUAAAAGUCAUGUGUGUAGAUCACCCAGCUGAAUUAUGUAAGAAAUUUCUACUCCAUUGAUCUCCAACGAAAGGCUUCUCUGGAAGCUGUUUCAAGAUUUGACCGAAAACAAGCAAAACAUCACUAAUUUGAACUGCUUUCUCGAGCAAGAUUUAUGACCUAGCCAUUAUCCCGCUCAUCAUAGAUUCCACAAAAGGUGAACCGAUAAAAACAAAAACCAUACCCCAAUCUCUACUGUAAAUUACUUUUGAAACUAGCAUCUCCACUUAACCAUUUGAAACAGUUAUUCGUUACUUUUACCACUACCUAGUUGUAAAUCGUAGGGUUCGCUUAUUGAUUACGUAAAAACCAGCCAAAUAAUCUAUUGAUAUGACUAAAUAUUUAUGUAAUUUGUUGGUCGUUGAAGUUUCUUCCCUAGGAAAUCAAUAAAUUAAAGCUACAACACACAGACAAAAAAAUCAAAUAACUACUCGUGUAUAACCUUAGAUGCCAAUUCGUAGCUCCCAAAACAAAAUUCAAACAGAGAAAAAAAACAAUAGAAAAACUCAAAUUUGAAAAAGUGUCGCCAUAUCAAACCGCUUUAUCAAACGAAGAACAGAAACAAAAAACAAACAAUGAAAAAAGAAACAUCCAGUAUUUUUAAACAUCUAAGCAAUUUGUGUGAUCUACCUAAUGUAUAACUUAAAAUAAAACUAAAGACUAACUAACAAACAGAAGAAAACAAACGAACGAACAAAAUAAAAACCUGUGUUUAAACAAAACGAGCUGAGGAAGCGAGCAAUGUUACCUAUAUAAACAAACUCAAACGAACACAAUCUCAAUAAAAACUACAACAAUAAAAGAAAACUUUCAACUACUCAUAAAAAAAAUUAAUCAGUUUCUCUUCAUUGAUUAAUUUUUUGGGAAUUUACUCACAACUCUAUAUCAGCGGAAGGAAUUCUACUAAACAUUCAUGAGACGUUUAAUCAGCUUGUGACAUUGAGUUGGUGAAUUAAAACAAAAAUUAACUUGUCUAAUGA